GAUACAACAAGCGCGACUCGACCUGUGGAAGCCGCGAUGAACAGCUGAUCCUCCCGCAGUGGAUAACACCGAUCACCAUGGUCACCGCCGAGUCCUGACUUCUCAUAUCCCACGCGCGGCACUAUAUGAUUAGUUAUUGGGGAAGUAGACAAUAAGGGGAAGUAGCUAAAAGGAAAGUAGAAUUGGAGAGAGUGAAGGAGUGCUUUUUUUUUUUUUUUGGAGAGGGGUUCUUUCUUUUGGACCUGUUGAUCAUCAGUGUGACAGACGGACACCCAGAGACUACCUGCCGCCUCCCGCUCUGCGCUCACCGACCAUCAAUGAUGUUAUUGCCGAGUUUGCUUCUUUUCACCUCUUGUCACUUUUUGGCGCCUGUGUUCCUCUGCUACCUGCCGCAAGUCUCCGCACAGAAGCCGGGUUCACGGUGGCUGAUCGGAGACAGAGACAGUCACUGUGGGGUCAUCUGCCCGCGGACGCAGGGGAAGCCGGUGUGCGGCUCGGACGGGCGGAGCUAUGAGACCGGCUGUGAACUGCAGAGGGCGCGCUGCAAAGAUAAAACCCUGGCACUGGCACACCGCGGCCGGUGUCGAGGUAAAAACUGGGUGAAGAUCGAUCAGUUGCCGGUGGCUCCAGCACCAACAUCUGAGGCGAGAGACCUGGAGCUCAAAGAUGCAGGGCAGUCCAAGUGUCGCGUUGAGAGGAACCAAGCUCUGGAGCAAGGCAGGAGACCUCAGGACACCAUGUUCAUCCCAGAAUGCAACGAGGAUGGAACAUUUGCGCAGGUCCAGUGCCAUACUUUGACAGGUUACUGCUGGUGUGUCACCAGUGACGGCAAGCCAGUGAGUGGCUCCUCUGUGCACAACAGGACCCCGGUGUGUUCAGGGUCAGUAACCGAUAGACCACCCGGGCCACCGAACUCUGGUAGAAAAGUCUCUUUCCGUUUCUUUCUCACCCUCAAUCCAGACGAUGGCUCCAAGCCCACGCCCACCAUGGAGACUCACGUCCCCCCUGAGGGUGAUGAGAUAACUGCUCCAACGCUGUGGAUUAAACAGCUGGUUUAUAAGGAGAAUAAGCAGAACAGCUCCGCUUCCAGGAAGCAAGAGAAAGUUCCCUCUUGUGACCAGGAGCGACAGAGCGCACUGGACGAGGCUCGGCAGAAUCCUCGCGAGGCCAUUUUCAUCCCUGACUGUGGGCCUGGAGGCCUUUACAAACCAGUCCAGUGCCACCAGUCCACAGGCUACUGCUGGUGUGUUCUGGUGGACACGGGACGACCCAUUCCUGGAACAUCCACCAGCCAUGUUCCCGCUGUCCUCUCCUCUCUGUGUAACAGGUACCAGACGCCGGAGUGUGACGGCGCCGCACGAUCUCGCAUCUCAGAUACUGAAGAUCCUUUCCAAGGCAGAGACCUGACAGGCUGCCCAGAGGGGAAGAAAGUGGAAUUCAUUACAAGCUUGUUAGAUGCCCUCACCACAGACAUGGUGCAAGCCAUAAACUCGCCAGCCCCCUCUGGUGGUGGGAGGUUUGUUGAGCCUGAUCCCAGUCACACUUUAGAGGAGAGGGUGGUGCACUGGUACUUCGCCCAGCUGGAUAACAACGGCAGCCACGACAUCAACAAGAAGGAACUCAAGCCGUUUAAGAGGUACCUGAAGAAGAAAGCCAAACCCAAGAAAUGUGCCCGCAAGUUCCCCGACUACUGUGACCUGAAUAAGGACAGGGCCAUUUCCCUGCAGGAGCUGAAAGGCUGCCUGGGAGUCAGCAAGGAGGGUAGUUCAACGACAAUUGGCAACCAAGGGACAAGGCAAGGGACAAAAUUGUUCAUAGGUCGUCUGGUGUGAGAAGAGAAGGAUCCAGAAGCUGAGACGAGAGCAGAGGGCACAGAGGGAAGGCAUCUGUACGCUUGCUGACAGGAAAGAGAAAGAUGGAGCAGAAAAAUUGAGAAGUUCCGGAGUUUCAAAAAAGUGAACAGAAAAACAAGAAAACGAAGCGGCGCCAAAAUAUUUGCACUUUCUCCUCCCUAUGUUUGACAUUUUAUCUGUUUGUAUGUGUUAUUUUUUUGUUUUUUUUUCUUCUGCUCUUGAAGUGACUGAAAAGGUCUAGGUAAGAAUGAGAAUAUAUUUGUAAAAAAAAAAAGAUGACAGGCUCACCACUGGAAGAGGUUACCACAUUUCCCCUUGUGUUUUAGUCUGCUGUUGUGAUUCGUUCUGUCCUCACAUAACAGGAACAGGCAGUAACACACAUUUUGUGGCUAUUAAAUUAAACUUAGAUGUCCCCUGUUACAUAUAGUAGCACACAGGCCAGUGGCAUCUCACUAAAGAGGAUCUUACAGUGAGUCACAUUCAGCUCAAAUGUUGCUUGAUACUCAAAAAAGGAGGAGCUAUGGCAAUGUAGACCAAUUUAAACGAAUGUGUAAUGUAUGUGGGCAUGCAAUUUAAAAGUGAAACGGCAUGUAUUAGAAUUGAACUGUGACCAUGAAGUCUAAUUUAUCAGCACAGAAUUAGCUGUAUGAAUCCCUUGCACUGUACUGAACUUUCUAGAUACAUUAACAUUUUGGCUUAAGAAUCAGAUCCUUCCGAAAUGUCUCAGAUGUGUUACGUCUGUUUUUUGUUCAGUACGUACCAGUGUUGGGGAAAGCUUGCUGAAAGUAAUUACUUGCUUAACACACAGUUGCCUAAAAGGUGUACUUUUUGUGCUACCAAAACCAAUGCAAGACCAUUGUGUUGUAUGUAGUUUUCAGCAUGUUGUCUGCACAAGAUGCCUUGAGGUUCAUUUUUCAUUUUUUUUUUUUUUUUUUUAAAUAACGUUUGUGCGGACAAAAAACGAAAUUAGUAAAAAAACAAACAUUUAAAAAAGAAAAUAGAAACAGAUUGUGAGAAUUCUGCAAAAAAUUUGUAGCAGCUGUCCAUAAUAACAAUGGUGAUAUGAGUAAUUUAAAGUCAUGCAUCCCCCCCCCCCCAACACUGGUACAGUACAUACACAGUCUUAGCCGUAUACUAACUCAGCUUAACACUGUAGCAAACAGCUGGUAAAACAUUUACACAUGCAUGUGGCAGUAUGGACAUAUUAAAGCUGCAUUAAUGAAUUGUUGAGACACACAACUCUGAACUAGUAUUGCCUCAUGAAGUUGUUAUGGCUAACACAGCAAAAUAAUAAUUCCAAAUCCAAUGUUCACUCUCCUUUCAGCUCCGUUUUGGUCUCCACCACCUCCUGAGGAAAAUAUCUGGUUCUUUAGCUGAUAAACACUCCACUGUGUUCACUAGCUAGUUGCUAACGUUAUCUGUCUGGUGUUUGGUGCUGAGCAGGUAGAAUAUAGUCCGAUUAGCAUGGCUUAUUUGUUGCAGACGGCUUGAUGAGAGUGCUGGAACCAAACUAUUUAGUAAAUGUGCCAUAAAAACGAGUUCCAAGAAACUAAAACAAAGUCGGCUGAGCUGUGUGAUAAUGCUCUGAGGGUUCGUCUGUACGAGAGACCCCUUUCACAAUCCAUUAGAUUUAAUGUUGAUAUAUAAAAAAAACUGAUUAAUGCAGCUUUAAGUCCAAACCACAAUGAAGGCCAUUGGUUUACACAUAUCUUGUGUCCCUCUGUUGUUCUACGUGUAAUUAUAUGUCAAGGUACAAGUCAGUGUGGCUGAUUUCAUUACUCUACUUUAAGUGAAUGUUAGUAUUCAUUUUCUACACAGUCAAACCUGAAAAACAGCUAAAGAGUAUCUCCAGUGUGUUAAUGGUAAAUUCCGCAUGUUUAUUUUUCUCAAAGUGUUGGGUUCAUCGGGCUCAACUGGCUACCUUUACAAAUUGCAAUAACAACAAAUCUCACGAAGACCCCCUGGUGGGGAUUUUAUUUUUCCAAAACAGAUUACAGUCCACAGAAUGACUUAAAUAUUUUUAUUAGUACCAGGAAAAAAAAGGUGGCACAGAUGACUAAACCCAACCAGUAAAUGGAGUAAGAUGUUUACAUGACUCAGUAUCCCGGUAAUAUCAGCUAAUUUCAGCUGUCAUAUUUACGUUUAUCCCAGUUAUUGUAAACGAGAUGUGGCAUUUACAAAUGCCUGUUCCUAAAAUAAAUAAUUGAGUCUCCCCACUUA